AACAGGAUGGAUUCAAGGCCCGCAGUGACGAUGUAUGGGUAGUUAAUUGGCCAAAAUCAGGCACACAUUGGAUGUGGGAAAUAGUCAAGAUGAUUACUUCUGGGCGGGCAGAAUUAAAUGACUCUUCUAAAGGAGGCGCCAUGUUUCCGGAACUGUGUCCGCUCUACGUAAUAGAAAAUAUGGCGUCACCGCGUGUCCUGAAUACGCACGUGCCUCUAAAACUUUUCCCAAAGGCGGCGCUGAAUAGCAAGAUAAUCUUCGUAGUUCGUAACCCAAAGGAUGCAUAUGUGUCUUUAUAUUAUCACGCAACAGGUAUGGAGCUGAAGUCAGCGAAUUGCUCUUGGAACGGGAUGUAUGAACUGCUGGUGAACGGCAAAGCUCAAUAUGGCGACUGGUUCGACCACGUGGAAGAGUGGUUGAAAGUUCUGGAGAAUAAUCCAAACGCCCUGAUUGUGACGUAUGAGGACAUGCAAAUGGACCUUAAGAAACAAGUGCGUCUAGUGGCCGAGUUUUUGGGACAUGAAAAAUCAGAGCAGUUCUACAGCGACGUGGCUAGACUUUGCUCCUUUCAGCAUAUGAAGAAAGACAAGAAAGAUGUCAGAAGUGUCUGGGCGGAGGAUAGCGAAGGCAUAUUUAGGAAAGGCACGGUGGGAGAUUGGAAGAAUCAUUUCACGUUGGCUCAGAACGAGGAGUUCAAUCAGAUAUUCUGCAGGAGGAUGAAGAACAUCAAUCUUGACUUGAAAUUUGAGCUUUGAAAUGUCGCGUUUUUGGCUAUCCAAAGCCGGUGUGACAGUAAUCCAAGUCCCCCAGGACUUCGGUUCCUGGUAAUGGUUGUCCCCAGGACUACCAUUACUUGGGAAAAGUAGUCCUUGUGGGACUUAGGUUCCUGCCUCAUAAUUAUAGUAGGUAGGACUUAUAUUACUGGCGGACUUUUAUUCCUGUCACCUAUGACGGUAAUGUAAGUCUGGCCAUUUGAAAGUCCUAUCCUUAUGUAAUAACAUGGUUAAAUGAUAUAAUUAUUAAUGUAUAUGAAAAUCUUUCUGGUGGGCCAUAUAUAAGACAAACAAUGAAAUGUUUGCAAUUUCAGCUCGUCUGUGUAGUGGUUAGCGUGCAAGAUCAUAAGGUAUGUAUUCAUGAAUCGUCUUGUUACAUACUUGGGUUGGAGACCUACCUUUGACCUGACCUUACCCCACCCCCACCUCAAUUAACUUGUUCUAGCUAGCUGUAUGUUGUUGUUUUUAAUGAAUAAUAUUCUCAAUUAUGUGAUUACACUUAAACUAGUUUUUAAAGCCUCAAUGCGCCAAAAUACCAAAGGAAUAUAACAGAACAUUAUAUAUAAUUUCAAAU